AUGGAAUCUAUUGUCAUUCAUGGCAGUCAACAGAAACCUGAAGCUUCAACAUCAGCUGUCAAGGUCAAUUUCAGAAAACCUUAUGAAGUCCCCGAAUUUGAGGACUUUUCAACAACACCACCCACAGAAUUAUUAAAAAGAUCCAGUCAUCUCGCUGAUACAUCUUCUCCACCUCUUUUCAAAAGAAUGAAGACUUUCCCUACUAAAGAGCCAAUUCAAGUAGAAACAGCCAACAUCCAUAAAGAUUUCAUACCACCAAAUGAAUCAGAAAAGCUUGUUUCUCCUGACAAUGUACCAGCGGCGAAGUCAGCGGUUGAUCGAAAGUUCAAGCGUUUGGAGAAUAAAAUUGAUUCAAAUCAUAUUGAUCUUUUGAAAGCCAUCGACAGUAUAGCGAACCGAAUGACUGGCACAUCAUCUCAACUUAAAACAGGUGAUUUUGAUCAAACAUUCCAUGUGGUUGAACAACAACAAGCACCUACUGGAUUGGAGGUGCACAAUUUUGCAAAUAAAUUUGACCCACCCCAACAAAAUGACCAAUCUAAUGUCCAGGAAAAUAUUAAGGGACUUAAACCAUCCACCAUGAUAAAACAGGUGGACAAUAUAUCAGAACAAAAUAUUUCAUCAGAUGUUCCAGAAUCAUUUGAUCAGCAGAUUUCUUCUGAUACAUUAAAGGAAGAUGAACCAUCCGUCAAGAUACAAAAGGUGGAUGAUAUAUCAGAACAUAACAUUGUAGCAGAUGAUAACACUACAAAGAAAGAUGGAAGAGUAGCCGUUGAUAAAACUGACAAUGUAGGAGAGCAAGUUGAGGAGAUUGAAAAAGAAAAAAUCAAACCAAGCACAUCGAAAUCCAAUACUUCAGCACCAUUUUCGACCGAAACUCUGGAUAUGAUAGAUGCUCUAAUAUACGGACUUCCAUUACCAGCCAUGCCAUUGACCGCUGUUAGUCAUGAGCAAGUAGUUCAGGAUGAAUGUCUAUUACGUGAUAGCCAGCUACCAACCACUCUUCCAUCAAAAUCCAAUGUAUUGUCUGACGAUGCGAAGACACCAUUUCGAAGAAGCAGGAUUCCUUCGAAGAUCUUACAAUCGCCGUAUCUUUCAAACUUUGGGUCGAGUGAAAAGGGUAAGGAAAAAUUGUCAUCUGUUAUGCAUCAGACACACCCUUUUGAAGGUUUUGGUAUAUGCUAUCAUCCCCCAUCCGAGCUUUUCACAGACUACUCUCAAUGGAUAGAUAAAGGACUACUAAAAUCGCAUGGCAACAAGAAACCGAAGAAGGAUCAUUACAGAUCUAAGUGCUUUUCAUUCGGCUUUGAAAAAAUGGACUUUAUAGUGGCAUUUCUUAAACAUAAGAACUGGUUCUACCUAAUGUCACAGCCGAACAGAUGCUGGAACGAUGAGUUGAGCAAUCAGUAUCGAUACACAACGACAAACUGCAUUUUCAAAAUUUACAUUGAAUAUGCACACACACGCUACUAUCACAUUCCACCUGACAUUUCUAUCCAAGAAGAUAUGGCAAAGGCCACUGUUACAGCUCAUCAUGAGAGAUCUGUGAAGAACAUAAUAAGAGGUUUCUCAAUACCAGCCGGGGAUUUUCAUUGGGUUCUUGCGGUAGUUGUGUUGAAAAAGAGGUUGAUACGUGUGUAUGAUUCAUCGCCUAGACGAAGAAGUAGCAACCCUUCCCUAGAGAUCCAAAAGAUAGCAGCAAUGCUACCAACAUACCUGCAAGACAGUGGUUUCUUUGACAACAACGAACGUACUGAUUGGUCGUCGCUUGAUUCAUACAAGGACAAAUCAACCGCUAACAUGCUUGAACCACAUCACCCAUUUGCAGUUGAAUAUGUUGAAGGAAUUGCGCAACAGGGAAGUGACAGCUUGGAUUGUGGAGUUUUCCUGGCCAUUUUUGCUGAAUAUCUUAGUGAUGGAAUUUCUAUUCCAAAUACUGGACUAAACGUCGAAUUCUUCCGUUCAAGAUAUGCCGCACUCUUGUGGAGAUAUGGUUGUCAAAAGGCCAUGGAUGGUUAUGUUAGCGAUAACGAUGAUCCAAAAAAAGCUAGGAGAGAUAUCUCUCCAAGCCAAGGAGAACUGAUUGAUGUCCAAUAG